AUGAGUGAACAACAAAAAACUGAGAUCAGCACCAUAGAAGCACAGAAAAAGAUUUCCGAACAGAUAGCUAACGAUGCUCGUUGCAUUGAAAUCUGCAAAAUGCGUCAGAACGCAGCUAAUGUAUCGUUGUAUAGGCGUAUGCAUUUAGAGUCAGAGGAAGAAGAGAUGUUCACGAAUAUACAAAAAGCUAAAGAAGCUCAGGCCAGACAAAUCGCUGAGUUGGAACAAGAGCAAAAACUUGCUCAAGUGAUGGCAGAUUUAAAACGCCGUGAAAUUGUCGAAAUAAAAACCAAUCAGUUACUUCAAAACAAUUCGCACGAACUUCGUCAUGUAGAGAAGCAAUUGCGAACGGCUUAUGCAAAAAAAGAUUUAAUGUGUCAAAUUAAAGAAAAUGAAGCUUUAAAAAAAGAAGAGAAAGCCAGAGUAUAUUAUGAUGAUUUGAGAAUGAUAGAAUCUAGAAAUGACGAAAAUAAGGAGGAAAUAGAACAACAAACCCUAAAAAAUGAACUUAAUUUAGAUUAUAAAAAGGCGAUCACAGAGCAAAUACAGGAAAACAUCAUCAAAAAACAACAAGAGUUCUCACUAAAAAAUAAUCCUAUUGUAAUUUUUGAAGCAACUGAAAACAGUGAAGCACAAAAAAAUAAUGUUAAAACGAAUUGUUCUCAAAAAGAACUGGAAUUAUUUACAAAAAUGAAAAAUGAUCGAAAGGAAAUUGAACGCAAAGAAUCCGAUAAUACAAAUAAGCGUAUAGAGGAGUAUUUGAUGGAAAUUGAUAAGCGGAAUAAACAACAGGAAGAAUUUAAAAACCAAAAGAAAGUAGACAAUGACAGAAUUUAUAAUUGCUUAGUUGAUAAUUUAGCAUCAUUAACGUCUCAUACAUCAAAAAAUAUCGAAAUGCAAAAUAAACUUUUAUACGAAGAACAGCGAAGUGCUACUUGGUUGGCAGACAAAAAAGAAAAGGAUUCGAAAAUUCUGCACCGGAAAAUAUGCUGA